UUUUUUUGUAGCUUUAUCUAUGAUAAAAUGCCAAUUUAGGUAGAAAUGGGAAGGGGGAAGCCAUCUUUUGCAUGCUUAAUUUGUGUGAAUUUGUUCGUAUGUUCCUGGAAGGGACUGAGUUUGGUCGUUAACAUCCUUGAGUAUUAGCCUUGCGGUAAGUACCGCAGGGCUGAGGCGGGUGGGUAAAUGUUGAAUUCGGCAAGCAGCUUCUCCAGGUAAGGGCAAGAAGACACCGUGCUUAGGAACAUGGCAAUUGAGAACGGGCUGUAGAAGGCGAGCACAAUGAGAGCUAAUAAGGCAGACCUGUGAGGCACACAGAGAUCUGCUUUUAGAACUGCGGAACGUGGGAAGGGAGCGCUGAUACCAUUUCUAUUGUUAUGAGCUCCGUGUAAACGUUUAUGAAAGCUGUAGGUUUUACCCCUGAACGUGCCCGGGGCCGUGCGUACCGGCUGUGCGGGGCGGUGCCCAGGCCGAAGGCUCGGGCAGGAACGCCGGGGCUUCGGUGCCGGCCGCGCGGCAGCUCCCCGCCCGCCGCGGCGGCCCGAGGCGGGGGACUGCGGUCCCCGCGUGGGAGUGGCUUCUCGCUUUGUUCUCCGGUGCGGUGCGGGCGGGGCCGCGCGCGGGCCGAGGCGCGGAGCGGACGGGGGCUCUCCUGCCAGGAUGACACCGAAGAAAAUUCCAAUGAUGGCAGCCAGCCAUCCAAAAGACGGCGGAUGGGCUCGGGGGACAGUUCUCGGAGCUGUGAGACUUCUAGUCAGGACCUUGGAUACAGCUAUUUUCCUGCUGAAAACUUGAUAGAGUACAAGUGGCCACCAGAUGAAACAGGGGAGUACUAUAUGCUUCAGGAACAAGUUAGUGAAUAUUUGGGUGUGACUUCCUUUAAAAGAAAAUAUCCAGAUCUAGAACGACGAGAUUUGUCUCACAAGGAGAAACUCUACCUCAGAGAACUAAAUGUUAUCACAGAGACUCAAUGCACGUUAGGUCUAACAGCUUUGCGUAGUGAUGAAGUAAUUGAUCUUAUGAUUAAAGAAUACCCUGCCAAACAUGCUGAGUAUUCUGUUAUACUGCAAGAGAAAGAACGUCAGCGAAUAACAGAUCAUUAUAAAGAAUACUCUCAAAUGCAGCAGCAGAACACACAGAAAGUAGAAGCCAGUAAAGUUCCAGAAUAUAUUAAAAAAGCUGCCAAGAAGGCUGCGGAAUUCAACAGCAAUUUAAACCGAGAGCGAAUGGAAGAAAGAAGAGCCUAUUUUGAUUUACAGACACAUAUUAUCCAGGUGCCUCAAGGAAAAUACAAAAUCUUGCCUACAGAGAGAACAAAGGUUAGUCCUUACCCAGUGGCUCUCAUACCCGGCCAGUUCCAGGAGUACUACAAAAGAUAUUCUCCAGAUGAACUUCGUUACUUACCAUUAAACACAGCUCUUUACGAACCCCCUUUGGAUCCAGAGCUGCCUGCAUUAGACAGUGAUGGGGAUUCAGAUGAUGCAGAGGAAGGGCGAGGUGAUGAGAAACGGAAAACCAAAGGCAAUUCGGACAAUUCGUCUGGCAAUGUAUCUGAAGGUGAUUGCGCCACAGACAACCAGGAGGAUUCUUUUCAGGGAAGACAAAAAACAAGAGACAAAAGUGCUACUCCAAGAAAAGAUGGUUCCAAACGUUCUGUAUUAUCCAAAUCAGUUCCUGGGUACAAGCCAAAGGUCAUUCCAAAUGCUAUAUGUGGAAUUUGUCUGAAGGGUAAGGAGUCCAACAAGAAAGGAAAAGCUGAAGCUCUUAUACAUUGCUCCCAGUGUGACAACAGUGGCCACCCUUCUUGCCUUGAUAUGACCCCGGAGCUUGUUGCUAUGAUUAAGACUUACCCUUGGCAAUGUAUGGAGUGUAAAACAUGCAUUAUGUGUGGGCAGCCUCACCAUGAAGAAGAAAUGAUGUUCUGUGAUGUAUGUGACCGUGGUUAUCACACUUUUUGUGUGGGGCUUGACGCUAUUCCCUCAGGUCGCUGGAUUUGUGAUUGUUGUCAGAAAGACCCUCCCAUACCCAGAAGAGGAGGAAGAAGGGGGAAAAACAGCAAGGAAGGCUAAACUCCCCUAAAAAACCUUGCUGUUUCAAAAUUUAACUGCACAAAUUAAAGUGAUACUUUGGUGCUAUUUAACCAACCACUUUUAAGAGGAACAAUACCACUGCGUUUUUCUUUUUAUCAAAUAAACUUUUAAUUUUGGCUAUAUAACCAUUUUUGUGAGACAAGUCUCUAAUCACAUCCUGUCAGCUAUCUAGACAAAAAAAGUCAAAUUCCUGUUCGAAAAGAGAAGGUUUUAUAUAAUGAAAUUUAAAUGGUACAUGCACCAUUUGUAUAAAAUUAUAGUACCACACUUAUUUAUUUCAGUGCAUUCAUCUGUAAGCUCUGUGAAAAGAAAAUUACAGAGCAAUUUAAAUAUAUACUAUUUGCAUAGCAAUUAGUUAUUUUGAAAGACUCAAGGCAAAAAGUACUCCUGGAAAAGACUUAACUUUGAGGGAAAAAGCGAACACAAUUUGACUUUCUUACAAUAUUCUGAGAAUUCCUUUCAGCAAAAAUUUUCUUUGCAAACUAAUGAAUUAUUGAUAUAAAUUUACAGGAAAAAAAAAGGGACUGUAAACAUUAAAAAAAAAAAAAAAAAUCAAUCUCAGAAAGCUAUAAAGGGGAGAUGUAAGAAAAUACCUCUCAGGCUUAAGGUACUAUAUACUGCAUUGCUUUUAAUGAGGAAUGAGAAUGUUCUAUUGACAAGUAACAACAGGUGAAGGCUUACCCUCCCUACUGUAAUACUGAAGUAACAAGCACUUGAUUCAGGUCAUGGAUUUGCAGAGGUGGUGAGUGACUGGACAGGCCUCGGCUUACAGAUGACUGAUGUA